AUGUUUUCCCUUCAGAAACAAAUGCAGAAGAUCAUGAUCCACUGCUUUAACAGUGUUAAACACAAACUCCAGUCCAGGGUUGGAUUCUUUGACCUUUUUGGACUGGACUUUAUGGUGGAUACAGACUUCAAAAUUUACCUGAUAGAGAUCAAUGUGAACCCAGCUCUCCACUGUAACUGUGAGGCACUGAAGGAGGUGAUUCCCGGGGUGGUGGAGGAGACACUCUUUGUGGCCAUUGAAUGCUUUGAAAAAACACGCAAAAACCAGCAACUACUGCCUUUGAAUUCAUUAAGAGGUUUUUCUAUACUUUACUGUGGUUCUAGGCCAUACAAUAUGCCUUCCAGGCCUAGCCGCAGUGUUUCACCCACAAAAGACAACACGCCACAAGAAAAGCGUGCUUCCAUUCCAAACACUGCUGUUCCUACUGCACCACGAUCUCUCCACCGUUUGAGCACCACCAGUACGCCGGUUGUGUCUGCUCCACCGGUUGUGUCUGCUCCUAAACCAACACUAACAACUGAAAAAUCAUCCACUGACAAAAACAGUGAAAAAGACUCCACUAUUAAAAAGCAGCCAGUUGUGACUGAUGUUCACAGGGUCUCUAACCCCAAUGCCAAGCUAUCGGAUAUGGUCUCAUUUUCUUCCACUACCCUGCUGGCAGAGGCUGGAAAUCUCUUAGGCCAGACCUCCAAUAAACUGGAUGAGUCAGCAACAUUGAAAACGAGCCAUGGUGAUGAGAAACAAACAGAAGAGGAUGAAAAACUGAAAAAGGAGGAUAGUAACUUGAAGGAAAAGGCGCAGUCUGUAGCAAAGAGCUCAGAAGGUGUGGUACUGAACCUUUCUCCUCCUGAAAAACAAAAGUCAACAAUGGCUGAGGAGAAGUCAAGUGUUGCUGACUCUCUAGUCAGUUCUACCACCAAGACCACCACAACCACUUCUACCAGCAAAGCAAAACCAUUUGUCGGCCGGUUGUCUGGUAACACCACUUCUGUACCUGCUACCUCCUCUGUGACUUCCAUCCCAAAAUCCAGUCCUGGUGACACCAACUCUUCAGCAACCACCUCAAAGCCAGGACUGACUGAAAUCACACCGAAACCAGCACAUCCGUACGUUAUAAUGACUAGCACUACCAGCACAAACCCCAUACCAACUAAAAAUGUAUCAAAUUUCCCUCUUAUUACAAACAAUGGAAAUAGAAGUGCUCGCCAUAAUUCAAACACUCAAUCUCUUCGCUCAUCCAAAGAGACCAGUGGUAAACUUUCGAUUUCUGGAGGCUUGAGUUCAAAUCCUUAUAAUCUCACUAGCUCAUUAGGGAAAACUCAAGGCUCUGCAGUGUAUCUCAACACAGCCACUACUAGAUCUCUUAAUGUGACAGGAUCUAAUGCGUUAUCUACCGCAAAUUCACAUGCAAGCUCAAACAGUGCCAAACUAAUGACAGUCCCCUCUGUUACAAUAUCAGAACCUGGCCCUAAAACAAUAGCAACACUGACUCUCACCAGCUCUAGAAGUGGAUUCAUGGGAAGAAAUGAAGUCAAGUCUGCCGUCCGACGAAGCAGGGAUAGGGACAAACCGGACAGGGGGAAUUGACUACUACGCUAUUCCAAGUACAGCUGGGGGUGACAUCUGCUGGGAGAAUUAAACAAGGGAAACAACCUAGUCUGUCUCAACAGUCAACGUACAAAGUAUCUGUGAUAUUAUGACACAGGGUACCUAAGGGCUUAAAAGGUCUUAACGUUAAUCACUUGAAAUGUACCCACACAAGCUUAAGUGCAGCACUUUAAAUUUUUUAAUGAAUGUAUUUUCUAAGAGCAGGGAUAUUCAUAUUAGUAGUAGAAUAUGAAUCAAAUCAACUCAUCUGCUAGUUUUAUCAUCUUUUUAAUAGAACAGAACUAUUUUUUUCACUAAUAUUUAUUGCAUUGUACCAACAUUAGUAUUAAAAUACAGGUACUCAUAAAAUCUAUUCAAAUCACAAUAGUUUAACAUUUAAACAUUUCAAAUAUUACAAAUCUAAUUAUUUUAAUUUUUUAUUUCUGUACCCUAUUAAAGAUGUGAUCCUUUCUUUUUCUCAAAGGCUAGAUGUAGUCAAACAAAACUUUUUAAUUUAAAUUGAUAAUAGUCCCCUGAACACCUGUCAAUGCUGUACUUGGUUUAAACUUUCAAGGUUCACAAGUACCUACAUUUAUAAAUUGGUAGAAUGAUAAAUUGGUAGAAUGAUCAGUUGUUUUUACUUUUCUCUGAUCAUUAUAUUCCUAAAUACACAUGUAAUAGUAUUACAGAAAUGACAUUCCAGUGCCGUACAGCUGUUUUCAUUAUUAUUUUAUUGUGCCAAAUGUGAAGGAGAUAGAUUUUAUUUAAUUGUAGAGUUUAUAUCCUAUUUAUACAGUUUUAUUAAACAUCUGUGAUACCUAUGUGAUAUCUAUACUAAAGAUGCUUAUGACUGAACUCUGCAGUUAUAACCAGAAGCUCUCCUGAGUUUGGCCGUGACUUCAGUGAAUCACUGAAUAAUUUU